AACGAAUAAAAAACUUCCCCGUAGUUCUUUUUUAAUUAAUUUACCAUUUUGUUCCAACAUCGUAUAAAGCUGUCAUUUUCCCUCGGGUUUUCUUUUCCCUUGGAUUUUCUCGGGAAACAAACAGAAAAUAUGGAAGGAGAGGAGCUGCGUCGUUCCGAAGCGGACACGGUUGAUCUUCUGAAUCAAUUCGAACGUAUCUUGGAAUCCGAUCCCCAAAUAGAUGAAGUGGGAUUUCUUCACCUGUCCCAGUUUUCGAAGCUGAAUAAAGAGGCAGGCCAUUUCUCACCCUCAUCUGAUGACAGUACGGUGCUGCACUCAGCUGAUGGCAACUCCGUUUUUUGGAAUAGGGAUCAUAAGUUGGGGAUUUCAACGCAAGUUCUUUUUCCGUUAUAUGAGGCUGCUAAGCAUGCGUUUAUGGCAGCAAGUAGACAAUAUAAGGCACUUAACAGCAAAUCAGAUGUAUCUGGGGAUGAGAAGUCUUUGUAUGUGUCAUUAUCCUUGGAUAAUAGUUUUGAAGGUGACGUCAUGAAGCAUAGCGGGGCGCUUUUGUUGCUAAGUAGUGAUUUAGGCACUGCAUGGCAUUCCAGGAAGCUCGUUGUGUCACAGAAGCAUAAGCUCUCAGCAUUUUUGGAUAAACAACAUCCGAGGAGAUUGUUGGAUAUUCUGCUAAUUGGAUCAACGGAAGUGAUAGCCAGUGAUUGGUGGUAUCUUUUGGCAGGAUUACAAGGACUUUGUUGCGGAUGGGAUUCAAACAGAACCUUUCAACUUGAUUAACGAGGAGAGGGAAGAAGGUUAUUUUAAUGCAGAUGGAAAGUAUAUUACAUAUGCCAUUAAAAAUGAAGUCAAGGUAAACAUGUUUAUCAUUUUUGGGAAUAAGCAUGUUUAUAAUUCUUGGGUUGUUAAUGCUAGAGUGUUUAUCGGACAAUUAGGUUCUUGGAGGUUACUGAUGAUUUAGAGCAUAAAAUAUUUUUUAUACUGAAGCUUUCAUCUCCCUGAUUAAAUUCAGUUGAAUUAAGUAAUUCAGUCGAUUACUUAAUUCGGUAAAAGAGACAACCAAAGAACAACGUGGAGGUGGAGUCAAAUACAAAAGCUUAGAAUCAGAAACUAAGGUAAUCUUUAUGCAUUUUGUUUGAUUUGUUUGAAUAGGAUGAUUUAUAACUGUUUCAAUAUUAUGCUUCUUUGUAUGCAGAUUACCAUAUGUAUUUGAGAGCACGGCUGAUGUGCAAGAUUUCUGGGGCGCCACUGAGUAUUGGGGUGGAGUCGGUGGACUUGAAUCCCAAGACAUUUGACAAAGUCUACAAUGCACGUGCGACUAAGGAAAAGACCGAGACAUCAACCAGUGCAGAAGCUCCUGAUAGGACUAAUUGCAGACAGCUCUGAAACUACCUCUUCUAUUCAAACGCGGAGGAGAGAAACUCCAACACGUUUUGAUGCAAAGCAGUUCGUCUCAAAUUGCCACUUCCUCAGUUUCUCAAAUCUCAACAAUCAAUCUGCAGUGUCCCUCAAGCGGUUUCUCUCAAACUCUUACGAUUUGCAUUUUGUUUCUCUCCCUACACUCUCAUCAGACUAUCACUGCUCUCUCAGAUGAACACUACAAAUUUAAGCCUGAUGCUGGUAUGUGAUUUCCACUCCAUCUCAUCUCUUUUUUCAAAUUUUACGGUAAUUUUCAAACCUUUUGUACAAUCAGGUAAAUCUCCAUAUAAUUGAAUAAUAGCUCCUUCAUCAGUUCAUUGGCUUUGACGUUGGACUUAAGUAAAUGGGAAAUCAUUAAUUGGUAUGGAUCAAGAUAUAUUUCUUUUGUGUUUUUGGAUAAUUUAAAGGGAUGUGCAAAUAGAUGGGAACAGUAGAAUUCAUUUUGAUUAAAAAAAAGAGAGAAAAUAACCUUGCUGGAUUAUACUUCUUGGUUGUUUGAUGAAGUUCGCACCAAGUUAAAUAGAUUCACAAAUUUAGUUUUUUAUAUGGAAUUCUUACUGAUUCCAAUUCGUAUUAUAUAGCAAGAGAAAAAUCCUGGGCAAAAGGCACCAAUUCAACAGCAUGGUGGCCAAGAAAAAGGAUGGCCAUUCCCAAACAAGCAAUACCAGAGAUUGAACAGGAAAAAUCAUAAACACAGCAGAUGUGCGGUGUCAACCUUCUGAUACGGACGUAUGUACAUUUUUGUAUUUGAACGAUGAGCAGUUGAAGACUGCCAAUCUUUUGAUACUAUGAUUAUUUUGAGUACAUGAUACUAUGAACUUAUGUACAUGAAUUAAGCUUUUAUAGCAUCUCUAUCAUUUGAACAGUGA